AUGGCAUCGACAGCCCCUUCAGUAAACCCGCUCUCCGCGGCGAACCUGUUCAACGUCAACGGCAUGGUCGCCGUCGUGACCGGUGGUGGCUCAGGUAUCGGGCUCAUGAUCACGCGCGCCCUGGCAGCCAACGGCGCGGCCAAGAUCUUCAUCCUCGGCCGGCGCCUCCACGUCCUCGAGGAGACCGCGGCCUCGGUCCAGCCCGCGGGCACCGUGAUCCCCGUCCAGUGCGACGUCACGCAGCCGGCCUCGCUCGCCGCCGCCGCGGCGCAGGUCGCCCAGGUGAGCCCGCAUAUUGACCUUCUCGUGUGCAACUCGGGCAUCAUCGGGCCCUACGGCAUCCGGCCCGACGCCAACACCACGCUGGACGACUUUGUGGCAGCCAACCUGGCCGUCCCCGCGGCCGAGUUCACCGAGACGUUCAACGUCAACGCGAGCUCGGCGUGGUACACGACCAUGUCCUUCCUGAAGCUGCUCGACGCGGGUAACAAGGCCCGCCCGUGGAGCCAGGUCAUCGUCGUGGCGAGCAUCGCGGCUUUUAACAAGCAGAACAGCGGCGGGUAUGCGUACGGGCAGAGCAAAGCGGCGGCGGUGCAUCUGGUCAAGCAGUUGAGUAUUGCGCUGCCCCGGUGGGAUGUUAGGGUUAAUGCCAUUUGUCCCGGGCUAUACCCCAGCCAGAUGUCGGCCCCAAUCAUUGCAAAGGGCGGCAUUGGCCGCGAUAUGAUCCCGCUCAUGAGACCGGGCGAUGAGCAGGACAUGGCAGGCACCAUCUUGUACCUGGCGUCGCGGGCUGGCGCGUACUGCAACGGCACCGUGAUCCUGAGCGAUGGCGGGAGGCUUGGCACUUUCCCUUCCACGUUCUAG